AUGGCAGACACAUUACCUAGAUCAGAUGAUUUGGAAGCAACAUGGAACUUUGUGAAGCCUGGGAUCGACCAGAUCUUGGAUCGUGAUGGUACAUCGGAUAUAAAGACAAACAGAGUUCAGAAAGUUCUUUCCCCAAGGAUGUACAUGGAGGUAUACACGGCGAUUUAUAAUUACUGUGUCAACAAGUCACGUUCUACAGGUCAUUUCCAAUCUGAUAUUAUAGGGAAGCAAAUGAAUCAAUCUUCGAUUCUUGUUGGAGGAGAAAUCUAUGAGAACUUAAAGAAUUAUUUGAAAGAUUACAUAUCGAAUUUAAAGAAAGAUGAUAAUGUAACGUUUUUGAAUUUCUACGUGAGACGCUGGGAAAGAUUUACAAUCGGAGCUAUUUUCUUAAAUCGGGUCUUCGACUAUAUGAACCGUUACUGGGUGCAAAAGGAAAGAAGCGAUGGUAAAAGACACAUUUUCGAUGCACAUACUUUGUGCUUGAUGACGUGGAAAGAAGUUAUGUUUGAAACACAUAAGACGGAACUCGUUACUGAAAUAUUCGAUCAAUUGGAUUUGCAGCGGAGGGGUGAAUUAGUGAAUAAAUCUGCUAUUACAAUAGCAAUAAAAUCCUUUGUGAUAUUAGGUAUCGAUCCAUCAGACUUAAAGAAGUUGAAUUUGAAUGUGUAUAUUCAAAACUUCGAACAGCCAUUCCUACAGAAGACAAAAGAAUACUACACGAAGAUGUCCAACGAAUUCUUAGACUCUCACAGUGUCUCUGAAUACAUCGAAAAGGCAAAUGAAUGCAUAAUCUUCGAAGAAAAGGACAUGAUUUUAUAUUUGGAUUCCCAUACAUCGGCACCAUUGUCUACAGCUUUGAACCAAGUUUUGAUUGCUGAUCAUGCCGAUAAGUUAAAAAAAGAGUUUAUUUUACUUUUGGAUAAGCAAGAUCAAAGAUUGAUUAAGCUCAUAUACGAAUUGAUGAAACGCGAUUACCGAAUGUUACCAGAUUUGGUGGAUACUUUUGAUAUGUACAUCAAGAGAGUCGGAAAUGAAGAAAUCGAUAAAUUAAUUGAUGCACAUAAUAAGAGUGCAGCACAAGAUUCAAACGCUAAAAGGCAACCGGGAUUAUCACCUAGAGAUUACUUGAAAUGUUUAAUAGGAGUUUACAAACUCUUUUACAAUAUCACCAUAGAAUGUUUUGAAAAUCAUCCUGCUUUUGCUAAGGCUUUAGACUAUGGAUGCCGUUGCUUCAUUAACAAUAACUCAUUCGCUAUUCCUCCUGGUUCACCUAAAUUUGCGACUUCUAGAGCUCCUGAGAUGUUGGCGAAAUACAGUGACCAGUUGCUCAAAAAGUCGACCAAGAAUAAUGAACAGGUAGAUUUGACCGUGGAUGAUAUCAUGACUGUCUUUAAGUUCUUGGCCGACAAGGAUGCAUUUGAGAUGCAUUACCGAAAAAAUUUAGCAAAAAGAUUAAUUCAUGGAUCAUCAAAAUCAGAAGCUGAUGAAGAAAUCAUUAUCCAAAGACUACAGUCCGAGAACAGUCUUGAAUACACCAGCAAGAUUACCAAGAUGCUACAAGAUGUCAAAUUAUCUAAAAACUUGCAUGAUGAAUUUUCCACGUUCAUUUCACAAGAUGGGAAUAAUACUACUAGCGCCGCAACUUUCAGAAGCAAAGUUCCUGAAUUAGAACCUCUAAUUCUUGCAGACAAUGUAUGGCCCUUCAGCUAUCAACCAACAGAAUUCGCAUUACCACCAGUUCUUGAACAUAGUAAGAACAAAUUGGAAACCAUGUAUACUGACAAGCAUUCUGGUAGAAUAUUGAAAUGGCUAUGGCCAAUGUCUCGUGGUGAAAUCAAGGCACAUAUUGGUAAACCAGGCAAACCACCAUUCCAAUUCACUGUGACUAUUUUCCAAAUGGCGAUUCUUACCUUGUUUAAUGAUAUAUCUACGUUGACCUUUGAACAAAUACAAGAGAGAACCAAUUUGAAGGCUACACAGAUUGCGUCUAAUAUGUAUCCGUUUGUGAAGAUGAAACUAUUAAUACAAUCUCCAGAAGGGGUGGAAAGUAUGAUCAAGUUAGAUACAAAGUACACCUUAAACAAACCCUAUCGAUUAUCGAAAACUAGUGUUAAUUUUGCAGCCGCUGUGAAAAAUGAUCUAACCUUUACUGCAACCGUUAAUGGAUCUGCAUUAGAUGAAACAGAGGCAUCUGAGCAAAAGAAAGCAGAAAAGGAACUAAAUCAACAAAGAUUGAUGUUCUUAAGAGCAUGCAUAGUGAGAAUUAUGAAGGCAAAGAGAAAACUACCACACAGUUCAUUGAUGAACGAGUGUAUUGCCGAAUCUCAACAGAGAUUCAACGCCAAGGUGUCCAUGAUCAAAAAAGCUGUCGACAAUCUAAUAGAACAAGAGUAUUUGAAAAGGACAGACGACGGUGAAUGCUAUGAAUAUCUAGCGUAA